AUGGCCAGUCGGUCGAUAAGAGCUCCUUCGCUCCUCCGAAGCUCCCUCGCCUCCCAACGUCCUCAACACUCUGUCUGCUCUCGAUGCUUACAGACCCCGUCAAUCCCCCAGAUAUCCGCCGUCUCCUCAUUGUACCACCCUCCGCGGCGGCGAAGCCAGUCGGGUUGGGCAGCCGCAGUCACUGCUGCGCAGAAUAUAUUCAAUGCCACGCCGGACCCCCGAGCGCCGAUACAGGUUGAUCCUUUACGGACAGUCGCAAAGGAGCUCAAGUUUCUCACGAAAAACAUACAACAACUACUCGGCUCCGGCCAUCCAACCCUCGACACCGUCGCUAAAUACUAUACCCAGUCGGAAGGAAAAUAUGUCCGCCCAAUGCUCGUCUUGCUCAUGUCGCGGGCAACAGCCCUCACGCCGAAGGUAGCUAGACAAAGCGGCUUCCAGCGCCUAGAGCCCAUCAACACGCCCAUCUCACCCUCCGCCAUCCUCGAGGACGCCAAUCCUUCCGCACCAGCCUACACGCCCCUCUCCUCCACCUCUCCAGACGAGGCCUAUACCUCCGAAGACUCCGAUAUUCUCCCCUCACAGCGCCGUCUCGCUGAGAUCACCGAACUCAUCCACACCGCCUCGCUCCUCCACGACGAUGUGAUAGACCACUCACUCGCCCGCCGCGCUGCGCCCUCCGCAAACGUCGCUUUUGGUAACAAGAUGGCCGUCCUAGCAGGCGAUUUCCUGCUCGGCCGCGCGUCAGUCGCAUUGGCUCGGUUACGAGAUCCGGAGGUGACAGAGCUACUUGCGACUGUGAUAGCGAACCUCGUCGAAGGCGAAUUCAUGCAGCUGAAGAACACGGCUCAGGACGAGAAGAACCCUGUUUGGACAGAGGAGACCGUUUCUUACUACCUCCAAAAGACAUACCUCAAGUCCGCGUCUUUGAUAAGUAAGAGCUGUAGAGCGGCGGCGCUCCUCGGACAGAGCUCGCCCGAGGUGGUGGAGGCGGCAUAUGCGUAUGGCAAGAAUCUGGGACUGGCUUUCCAGCUUGUGGAUGAUAUGUUGGAUUAUACAAUCAGCGGAGAAGAGCUUGGGAAGCCGGCUGGCGCAGAUUUAGAGUUGGGCCUUGCAACGGCGCCGCUGUUGUUUGCGUGGAGGGACUAUCCAGAGUUGGGGGAACUGGUAGGAAGGAAGUUUGCCGAGCCGGGCGAUGUGCAGAGAGCUCGAGAAAUUGUCCUUCGAAGCAGGGGCCUUGAACAGACGAGAGUGCUGGCUCAAGACUACGUCGGCAAGGCAAUCCAGGCGAUCAGCGGCUUCCCGGCUAGUGAUGCUAGAGACGGCUUGAUCGAAAUGUGUACUAAAGUUAUGAAGAGGCGGAAAUAG